CCAUUCCUCCUGCGUGCGGAGUCGGCAAAAAUAGUUUUGUGCCGAAAUAAAUAUAGUGCCUAAAUAACAAAUAGUUGCAAAUAUUUACAUCAAGUGAUGAGAAGCAAUCAACAUUUUUAUUAACCGAAUGCGCUUUUGAUAAGGGCAUCAAACGCAUAACUUUUGGACUGAAAUCGAUUUUUUCUGCGCUGCUUGCAACUUUCACAGCGCCCAAGCAACAAACCCAAGCCAGAAAAUGUCGCGGCAUCCUAGCGACCGGAAAGUGUACGUUGGCGAUUUGGGCAAUAAUGCACGAAAGAACGAUUUAGAGUAUGUAUUCGGUGCCUAUGGCAGUCUGCGCAGUGUUUGGAUUGCACGCAAUCCUCCAGGUUUCGCCUUUGUGGAGUUCGAGAGCGCCAGGGACGCAGCUGAUGCAGUACGUGGAUUGGAUGGUCGAACAUUGUGUGGUCGCAGAGCUCGCGUAGAGUUGUCCACAGGAAAAUACGCUCGCUCCGGUGGUGGCGGUGGUGGUGGUGGAGGAGGAGGAGGCGGCGGUGGUGGUGGAUUUGGAGGAGGACGUGACCGCGGCGGCGGUCGUAGUGACGAUAAAUGCUAUGAAUGUGGCAUGCGUGGACAUUUUGCGCGCCACUGCCGUGAACGUAAGGCAAGGCAACGACGCAGAAGCAACUCGUUAAGCAGAUCACGCAGCACAUCGAGACGUCGCCGCACUCGCUCCAAAUCUGGAACCCGUUCCCGCAGCCGCUCCCCCGGCUCCGUAGGCCGUCGCUCGGGACGUUCUCGUGAGAAUGGACGCGAUGAGAAUGGUUCGGUGUCACGGUAUAGUGAUCAGGAGCGCAAUGGCAGUGGACUGGUUGACUCUCCGCCGCCAGUGAAGCGGCGAUAUGAUGAUGAAGAUGAUGACAGAGACAGGGGCUCCAGAUCGCCAUCUCCUCCGCCGCGUCGCGGCUCGCCAGUGAGACGUCGUGGCGAUUCCUCCGUGUCGCGUUCAAUGUCUAGGGACUAGCGAUGCCAGGCGGCUUCUGAUUUUGGCCAUUAACAACAAUAACAAAUAGGGCUCAACCUGAACCUUCAUUCCUGAAAUCGAAACACACCCCAAAAUUAUAAUUCUAUGUUUGUCAGGCAGUAAAAAUCAUUUAGUUGCCCCUACACAUUCUUAGCUUAGAAUAUAAUCUAUAGAUUAAUAUACAUAAUAUAUAUAUAUAUAUAUAUAUAUAUAUAUAUAUAUAUAUAUAUACCCUCUCCUUUCCUUUUCAUUCUCACAUCCUUUUAUUUCAUUAAAUUUCCUAAUCCAACUGAGCGGAAGAAUUUUGCCGCAUAGAACAAAUUGCGCUUUCAAUUUUUUAUACUCGUAGUUUACAAGAGAUGAACAACAACAACAACAAAAGAAACGGAUCGAAAUAGUCUCUCGAAAAUCGAUAUAGUCAAUCUGUAACAUUACAUUUAUGUUUAUCCAUUAUAUAUAAAUAAAUACAAAAGAGUGUUUUGCUUUUUCAUAUAUAAUUAUAAUAACACCCAUGCAUACAUAAAAUACAAGUAUAUAGACACACAUAUGUAUAUCAGGCUAAGAAUGAAACUGAAAACUAAACAAAAAGUGAAGAAAAAAAAUCAACUAAAAUUGUAUCAUUUAAGGGAUAUUUAAAUUUCACAAAGACAACUGAAAUUUUAUCCUAAUGUCAAUUUUAUAAUACAUGUAACUUAUCACUGAA